CCGCCCGCGGUCGGGACGCUGAGGCAGAAGAGGAAGCGGCGGUCGGAGUCACUCAAGCGCAGCCACCUAUCACGAGAUGUUACCACGAAAUCUACCUCAGACUUCGCUUUUGCUCAUUCAUUUGCUGCAUCGUAGAUCUCAACAGGAGCUCUGCAGACACUCUUGAAAGUCUCUGAACAGAUUGUGACAUCAAGUCAAAGCAUGAUGACCUAAUAGUUAGGUCAAAGUCUGAAACAUUGAUUCAGCAGUCCAAGAUAACCCUGCCUUUUUUUUAUCAGUAUCAAUUCUGAAGGCUACAGACCUCCUGCCGUUUCUUCCCUGGUUACUUCAGAAACAUUCAACUGACGUAUCUCUGGCAAAAAGAUCUUGACUUUUCUCUCUGGUCCUGGAAAUAUUAAUGGAAUACAGUCAUGUCUACUCAGGACGAGAGGCAGAUAAAUACAGAGUAUGCUGUAUCCUUGCUGGAGCAGUUAAAAUUCUUCUACGAACAGCAGUUGCUAACUGACAUAGUGUUGAUUGUUGAGGGCACUGAAUUUCCCUGCCAUAAGAUGGUUCUUGCAACAUGCAGCUCGUAUUUCAGAGCCAUGUUCAUGAGCGGGCUAAGUGAAAGUAAACAAACACAUGUACACCUGAGGAAUGUGGAUGCAGCCACUUUACAAAUUAUCAUAACUUAUGCAUACACGGGUAACUUGGCAAUAAGCGACAGCACAGUAGAACAGCUUUAUGAAACUGCGUGCUUCUUACAGGUUGAUGAUGUGUUACAACGGUGUAGAGAAUACUUAAUCAAAAAAAUUAACGCAGAAAAUUGUGUGCGUCUAUUAAGUUUUGCUGAUCUCUUCAGCUGUGAAGAGUUAAAACAGAGUGCUAAAAGAAUGGUAGAGCACAAGUUCACAGCGGUGUACCACCAGGAGGCUUUCAUGCAACUGUCCCAUGAUCUACUGAUAGAUAUUUUAAGCAGUGACAAUUUAAAUGUGGAAAAGGAGGAGACAGUUCGUGAAGCUGCUAUGUUAUGGCUGGAGUACAACACAGAAUCGCGAUCGCAGUAUUUGUCCUCUGUUCUUAGCCAAAUCCGAAUCGAUGCACUUUCAGAAGUAACACAGAGAGCCUGGUUUCAAGGCUUACCACCUAAUGAUAAAUCAGUGGUGGUGCAAGGACUGUACAAAUCGAUGCCCAAGUUUUUCAAGCCCAGGCUUGGUAUGACAAAAGAGGAGAUGAUGAUAUUCAUUGAAGCUGCUGCUGAAAACCCUGGUAGUCUUUAUUCUUCUGUCUGUUAUAGCCCCCAGGCAGAAAAAGUUUACAAACUCUGCAACCCUCCUGCUGACUUGCAUAAGGUUGGGACGCUUGUAACUCCCGAUAAUGACAUCUAUAUAGCAGGUGGGCAAGUUCCUCUGAAAAACACGAAAACCAAUCACAGUAAAAGCAGCAAACUCCAGGCUGCCUUCAGAACUGUGAAUUGCUUUUACUGGUUUGAUGCACAGCAAAACACUUGGUUUCCAAAGACACCGAUGCUCUUUGUUCGUAUAAAGCCAUCCCUGGUCUGCUGUGAAGGAUACAUCUAUGCAAUUGGAGGAGAUAGCGUCGGUGGAGAACUCAACAGGAGAACUGUGGAGAGAUACGAUACUGAGAAGGAUGAGUGGACCAUGGUAAGCCCGUUGCCUUGCGCAUGGCAAUGGAGCACAGCAGUAGCCGUUCACAACUGCAUUUAUGUAAUGGCACACAACUUGAUGUACUGUUAUUUUCCCAGGUCAGAUGCUUGGGUAGAAAUGGCUAUGCGACAAACAAGUAGAUGUUUUGCUUCAGCUGCUGCUUUUGGUGAUAAAAUAUUCUAUAUCGGAGGACUGCAUAUUGCCAGCAAUUCUGGUAUAAGGUUCCCAAGCAGUACUGUAGAUGGGUCUUCCGUAACCGUGGAAAUCUAUGAUGUGAAUAAAAAUGAAUGGAGAAUGGCAGCCAGUAUCCCUGCCAAGCGGUAUUCUGACCCAUGUGUUAGAGCUGUUGUCAUCUCUAAUUCUUUAUGUGUCUUUAUACGAGAAACCCACAUGAACGAGAGAGCGAAGUAUGCCACCUAUCAAUAUGACCUGGAACUUGAUCGCUGGUUUCUAAGACAGCAUAUAUCAGAACGUGUGCUGUGGGACUUGGGGAAAGACUUCCGGUGCACUGUAGGAAAGCUGUAUCCAUCUUGCCUUGAAGAGUCCCCAUGGAAACCUCCAACGUAUCUCUUCUCACCAGAUGGAGCUGAUGAAUUUGAGCUGGAUGGGGAGAUGGUUACUUUACCACCUGUAUAGCUCCCAAAUUAGACUGCACAACUGAUUCUGUGCUCAUUUAUCAUGAAAUAAGUGGUGGUGAAAGAACAGGUCUGGAAACAGAAAUGUCAAACCUGUCUUUCAUGAGUUGUAUUUUUAUGCCCUACCUAACACUUGCCGCCAUUCAGUAUGAAUCGGUGAAAUGAGCAGAUAUGCUUCCAUAAUCUGAAAUACUAUUAUCUGGUAAUUGAGAAACAUGUAUGUAUAUCAUGAGCUUAAGCAUCUGACUUGUCUAAAGAAUUAAUUUCUAGUUCUAUGAAGUCUCGGUUCAGGAAAAUUAGCUUCAGAAAAAAGUAGUUACUGUUUCUAGGAUGAUGUCACAACUCUUCUGAAAGUAUCUUCCAGUUAUAUUUGAACUACUUCUGGAUAGUCUACUUAAGUGCUAGUUAUAUAAUUGUCAGUGUGGCCUAAUUAAAGGACUGUGCUGCACUUAAUACUAAUAUCCAUGUUGGUAUAGUAAUGCCAUUAAGAGAAAAAGAAACAAAUCCCAUGGAUCUACCUGUGGUAGGAAGGGUAGAUCUUCCAUUGUAUGGUAACAUGCAGGGCAAAAUGACUGCAGGUUCAGUCAAGCUGUAUUAUUAGGUGCAUGUAUUCUAUUUUCACUAACUUAUACCUGUCUAUUUAGAAUACAGGUCUUCCAAGCAGCUGGUAGUUUACCAGGUGUGGACUUAAGUUGCUGGGCUUGCAAUAGGAAUUGUCAGCCCUCAUAGUGCGGGUCUAUGUGGAGCUUUAAUCAGUAAAUGUCUCCACGUUCUGUAUUACAGUAACAUUGGCUCAUGUAUAUUACUUCCUGCUGCUGAUGUAUUUUUCCAUUGUAAAACAAAGUUUUAGUGUGGAUUAACCAGGUCUUUAUUUUCUGUUAAUUUAAUAACAAGCAUUACUGUAGUGUGAUUGUGUAUAGAUAUGCCUUAGCUAUCAGGUUUUUUACUUUGGGGGAGGAAGCAAACUGUUCAGGAAUAUCCUGUGCUCUGCGUGCAGGAGAGCAGAUGACUAGUGCUGCUCUGGCAUUAAUCCCAGGAACCACUAGCAGUAGCGGGGCGCCGCCAAUCUAACAUGAACACAGGUGCUUCAUGACAAACCUUACUAGCAUGUUCAGCUGCAUCAUGUUCUGGCACUGUAUUUUGAAUGACAUUAAUUUAUUAAAAAAGACUGAAUCCA